CACUUGGCAGACAUAUACUACACACUCCCCGGGGGACUCACGCAUCCACACUCAAACACCACUCCAUCACUCAUGGGCAUCGAGAUGAGGUGUCAGGGCAGGAGGAUCCUGCUACCCAGCCUGCUACUGCUAAUCCUCAUGAUCGGCGGUGUCCAGGCCACCAUGAAGUUGUGUGGCCGCAAGCUGCCCGAAACGCUCUCCAAGCUCUGUGUGUAUGGCUUCAAUGCGAUGACCAAGAGAACUUUGGACCCCGUGAACUUCAACCUGAUCGAUGGCUUCGAAGACCGUUCCCUGCUGGAAAGACUGUUGAGUGAUAGUUCGGUUCAGAUGCUCAAGACUCGACGUCUUCGGGAUGGAGUCUUCGACGAGUGUUGCCUGAAGUCGUGCACCAUGGAUGAGGUGCUGAGGUAUUGUGCUGCCAAGCCCAGAACGUAAACCUCGUAAACCUCGUAAUCCUAUUAACCCAAUGACGACAACUGCUAUGACUGAAAAGGACUGAAAGGACACGAUUGGGGAAAGCACUCACGUAUUCAUAGUUGUUAAGUCGUUAUCGAAGCCUACUCAAUUCCAAUUUUGAAUUUAUGAUAUAUAUGCACAUGUAAGUGGGAUGUAUGCGCAUAAUUUAUGAUCUGAAAUCAGAGACAGGCACGCGAAAUGAAUCGGAACACGGGAUGUUAUGCAUGUAGAUAUGUAUGAUUGUGCGGGGCCAGAAUACAUCGCCUGGGUAUAAAUUAUUAAAUAAAUUAUGUAUUCAAACUGCUGC